CGCUCCAUUUCCCCAUCGCACUCAGCAAUCCGCAAUCAUCCCGAGCAAUCCCUCGUCGAAUCCACCAGCGAAGCAAAUCCCCAGCCUUCCUCCCCCUCUCCCCCGAUGGCCCGCACGAAGCAGACGGCGAGGAAGUCCACCGGCGGCAAGGCGCCGAGGAAGCAGCUGGCGACGAAGGCGGCGCGCAAGUCGGCCCCGGCGACCGGCGGCGUGAAGAAGCCCCACCGCUUCCGCCCCGGCACCGUCGCGCUCCGGGAGAUCCGCAAGUACCAGAAGAGCACGGAGCUGCUGAUCCGCAAGCUGCCGUUCCAGCGCCUGGUGCGGGAGAUCGCGCAGGACUUCAAGACCGACCUCCGCUUCCAAAGCUCAGCCGUCGCCGCGCUGCAGGAGGCGGCCGAGGCCUACCUCGUCGGGCUCUUCGAGGACACCAACCUCUGCGCCAUCCACGCCAAGCGCGUCACCAUCAUGCCCAAGGACAUCCAGCUCGCCCGCCGCAUCCGUGGCGAGAGGGCCUAGGCGCCGUCGCCGUGGAGUGGAAGUAGUACAAAUGGUAGCUUGUCAUCUGUGUCCAAUCGGAAUGGUGUAGUGAUGUGCUGGGUUCCUUAGCUUUGGUUGUUGGUCGAAUCAAGAAGUGGUUGGUUGGUCUCCUGCUGUAAUUUAUCCCAUUGUAUCUUCUGUACCUUGGAGUGGCAAUGGAUCAAUGAAAUGGCAAUGGGCACCGAGUUAUCAUGA